AUUAAGGGAACCUUGAAAACCUCCGCACAAGUGCGCACGAUCAAUCACACGGUUCAGAGCCUCUGUGUAGCAGACAACCACCAUGGCCGGUCAAAAAGGAAAGCAGGCGAAGCCUGCUAAGGUGUCCAAGGGCAAGAAGACUGCUGCUCCUCCCGCUCAACUUGUCGCCGCGAUUUCUGCCUUCCUGAAAGACUCCGGAUUGUCCAAGACGAAUGACGCUUUGAUCAAAGAGCUGGAUAGCAAAUCGAUCGGUUCCGAUGCGAAGAAUGUGCCGUCUUUGCUCGAACUUUUCCAGACCUGGGAGAGCGAGUCCAAGUCCUCUGAGAAGUCCUCCAGUUCCAGCUCCUCGGAAGACUCUGGCUCUUCGAGCAGCGAGAGUGAGAGCGAGAGCAGUGACAGCAGCUCCGAUGAAUCUAGCGACUCCGAUGUUGAGAUGAACGAGGCUCCCAAGAAGCAGGCCAAGAGCUCCUCUUCCUCUUCGGCUUCUUCUUCGUCGGAUUCCGACAGCGACUCGGACGAUGAAAAGGAGACCCCUGCUGCUGCCAAGCCUCAGGGCACCAAGCGCAAGGCCGAGUCCAGCUCCUCCGAAUCUGAUUCCGAAUCCUCGGCCGAUGAGGCUCCGAAGUCGAAGAAGACCAAGGUCACUUCCGACAAGGAAGAGUCUUCCUCCGACUCUGGUUCUUCCUCUGAAUCUUCCUCUGAGUCUGAGUCUUCCGAGUCUGAAUCGGAAUCUUCCAGUGACGAGUCCAGCUCCUCUUCGGAAUCCUCCGACUCUGACUCUGAGUCUGACUCCGAUUCCGACUCCUCUGACGACGAAGAUGACAAGAAGGCUGCGAAGACCGCCACCAAGACCCCGUCCGACUCUAGCUCCAGCGACUCCCCUUCGGACGACUCUGAAGGCUCCCCCCAGAACUCGGACAGCAGCGGAACCGUCAACAACUCCGACUCUGGCUCCAAGGCUGUCCAGGAGUCCUACUCUAGCAGCGCCAGCCCUGCUCCCGGCAACGGUUAUCCCAAGAAGAAGCACGUCGGCGCUCGUCCCACUCCCCUGGCCGUGCUGAGUGAACUCCCCCACGACCACCCAUCGAACGAAUACGUCCCCUACGCCUACGCCGAAAACGCCUGGAAGGACCUGUCGGUCACCCGCGGCAAGGGCUUCACUAAGGAGAAGAACAAGAAGAAGCGUGGCUCUUACCGGGGCGGACCGAUCGACAUCUCCGGCGGCAAGUCCUUCAAGUUUGACGACUAGAUGCAGCUUCUCCCACCCCGCCCAGAUUCAAUCAAACCACAAGGGCAACAUCACGCAUACCCACGAUACCAUAUACUCAGGCAUGGUAAACAAAAGUUCUUCUCACUUAUGAUUCCAUCCAUAGAUCUAUAUGUCAAAUCCUAGAUGGGUCCCUGAAUUAUUUUCUACAUCAGCAAGGCGCUAAUGGAGCCCGGUCGGAUUAUUUCCUCUGCUUUUUUUUUUUUUUUUUUUUUU